GCUGUUUCUAGCUGACAACAGCUCGUCUAUGGUGGAAAUUCGACUGUAUCUAAACGUUCUCGAGUCACUGUUCGGUUGAAAAUUGUAUGUUACCACCGAAUAUGAGUACUGAAGCAGUUUUUCUGAAACCGCGUGCACCAUUCAAACUGACUGCCUUCAACGUUCGCACACUUAUGCAAGUUGGACAACAGAUAGGUCUGGCUAUGUCUUUGGAAAGUCUUAAUAUCGAUGUUUGCUGUCUAUUCGAGACCCGUAUCCAAGACUCUGGUGAAGUACUACAAUGUCGAUCUCCAUCUGUCGCUUCGAAAAGCUUGUUUUACGUGCGUUUAUUCGGGGACCCUGUGGCAUCUUCGUCUGGUCCUGCUGGCGUUGGUGUCGCACUGAGCGCUAGAGCUGAGGCAGCACUAAUCGAUUGGAUCCCCAUUAACAGUCAAUUAUGUACUGUUAGAUUAGAGAGUUCCAUCAAAGUGAGAAGCAAUCGACGUGAGAAACGAUGUCUUUUCGUCAUCUCCGCCUAUGCUCCGACAGAUUGCGGCCCGGAUGCAAUCAAGGAUGACUUUUACCACCAGUUAUCUGUACUUCUCCAGAAAUUGCGUUCGACAGAUAUUGUAGUGUAGGGGCUGUGGAGAUUAUUAAGUUUUUGAUCGAGAUCAUGAACCGAUUGAUGUUAGACACUAUCACCAUUGGAUGCCGGUUCAGUGGUCCAGCAGGUUAAACGUUCGCGCGCGAGACCGAAGGCCCUAGGUUCGAAUCCCACGAGCGGGAUCGUGAAUGCGCACUACUGAGGAGUCCCAAAAUAGGACGAAGCGGCCGUCCAGUGCUUCCAGGUUUCCAAAGGUGGUCUUGUUAUAACCCAGUGAAGAUUAAGUUAUAGGUAACUUCCGAAGACUGUUAAUAGACUAAUAUUCUAUAAAUAUUCUUAUUGUGUAAUUAUUCAACAAUUACAUUACGUAGAUUUAUAUUUCUCUUAUUAUAAACUUUAUUUUGACCUAUAACUUAUUAUUAUACGAUUUACGGUUCUUAAUCUAUGUUCAGUCUAUUAAUUAUUAUCUCCCUCGUUCACAGCCACUUUUUGGCUUAUUUGUGUACACAUGUUAUUUUCUAAUUUAUGGUACGUUGUGGUCUGUCUGGUUGAUAUAUAAACCGAGUAUGUUUGAAAUAAACGAUCUGCUCUGAUUCGAAGCUGGUAUUGUGUUCUGGACUCAAGUGGAAGGGCUCGGAGGACAUAGGACCAAUGAGGACGCUA